GUGCUUACUCCUGCCUGGCUUCCAUUGGUGCUCCUUCGAGAACAUGGUGCAGAAGUACCAGUCUCCUAUCCGCAUCUACAAGUACCCAUUCGAGCUGGUCAUGGCGGCCUACGAGAAGCGCUUCCCCAGCUGCCCGCAGAUCCCCGUCUUCCUGGGCAGCGAGGUGCUGCGCGAGGCCCGCAGCGCCGACGGCGCGGUGCACGUGGUGGAGCGCAGCUGCCGGCUGCGCGUGGAGGCCCCGCGGCUGCUGCGCAAGAUCGCCGGCGUGGAGCACGUGGUCUUCGUGCAGACAAACGUCUUGAACUGGAGGGAGAGGACGCUCCUCAUCGAAGCGCACAACGAGACCUUCGCCAGCCGCGUGGUGGUCAGCGAGAACUGCAGCUACACGGUGCACCCCGAGAACGAGGAGUGGACGUGCUUUGAGCAGUCCGCCUCGCUCGACAUCCGGUCCUUCUUCGGCUUCGAAAGUGCCUUGGAGAAGAUCGCCAUGAAGCAGUACACCGCCAGCAUCAAGAGGGGGAAGGAGGUGAUUGAGCAUUACCUGAACGAGCUCAUCUCCCAGGGCACGUCCCACAUUCCCCGGUGGACGCCUGCCCCGGUCCGAGAGGAAGACGCCCGCGCCCAGGCUGGGCCCAGGGAUCCCAGCUCCCUGGAGGUCAACGGGCCCAACAACGCCCCAGGCCUGGUUCCCGAGACGGUCGAUGUGGACGGGGCCAAGCUGGACGCGGACUACAUCGAGAGGUGCCUGGGCCGCCUCACGCCCAUGCAGGAGAGCUGCCUGAUCCAGCUGCGGCACUGGCUGCAGGAGACCCGCAAAGGCAAAAUUCCCAAAGACGAGCACAUCCUUCGGUUCCUGCGGGCUCGCGACUUCCACCUGGACAAGGCCCGGGAGAUGCUGUGCCAGUCCUUGAGCUGGCGAGAGCAGCACCAGGUGGACCUCCUCCUUCAGACCUGGCGGCCCCCCGCCCUCCUGGAGGAGUUCUAUGCGGGGGGCUGGCACUACCAGGACAUAGACGGCCGCCCCUUGUACGUCCUGCGUCUGGGCCACAUGGACACCAAAGGCUUGAUGAAGGCCGUGGGGGAGGAGGCGCUGCUGCAGCACGUUCUCUCCGUCAAUGAGGAGGGACAGAAGAGGUGUGAAGGGAACACCAAGCAGUUUGGCCGUCCCAUCAGCUCCUGGACCUGCCUGGUGGACCUGGACGGCCUCAGCAUGCGGCACCUGUGGCGGCCGGGGGUGAAGGCCCUGCUGCGGAUGAUCGAGGUGGUGGAGGACAACUACCCCGAGACCCUGGGCCGGCUGCUCAUCGUGCGAGCCCCCCGUGUCUUUCCUGUGCUCUGGACGCUGAUCAGCCCUUUCAUCAACGAGAACACCAGGCAGAAGUUCCUCAUCUACAGCGGCAGCAAUUACCAGGGCCCUGGCGGCCUGGUCGACUACCUGGACAGAGAAGUCAUCCCCGACUUCCUCGGGGGGCAGUGCGUGUGUAAUGUCCCGGAAGGAGGACUGGUGCCCAAGUGUCUUUAUCUGACAGAUGAGGAGCAGGAGCAUGCGGACCAGCUGCCGCAGUGGAGGGAGACCUACCAGUCGGCCAGCGUGCUCCGCGGGGCCCCCCAUGAGGUCGCAGUGGAGAUUCUGGAGGGGGAGUCGGUCAUCACCUGGGACUUUGACAUUCUGCGAGGGGACGUGGUGUUCAGCCUGUACUACACCAAGCGGGCACCCACGCCGGGUCCCCGGGAGCCUGGGACCGGGGCCAGUGGGCAGCUGACAGACAAAGGCUGGGUCCUGGGCACCGAGUACAGCCGCGUGGAGGCCCCCCUCGUCUGCCGGGAAGGGGAGAGCAUCCAGGGCUCCCACGUGACCCGCUGGCCCGGUGUCUACUUGCUCCAGUGGCAAAUGCACGGCCCCCCGGGCAAUGUGGCCUGCAGCCCCCCGGGCGUGGAGGACGUCCCGACUGCACUGCACAGCCCCGGCCCCAGGUGCAGGCUCCUCUAUUACUACGAGGUGCUGGCUUCUGAGGACUUCAGGGGCUCCAUGUCCAGCCUGGAAUCCUGCACCAGCCGCUUCUCCCAGCUCAGCGCCACCACCUCUUCCUCCUCCGGCCAGUCCCACAGCAGCUCCCUGGUCUCCAGAUAGCCGGGACCGAGCCCUGGGGGCAGCUCGCUCGCCCUCCGAGUCCACAAAUAUCCAGAACCAGAGACCAGCUUGCCGUGAGGCCUGGGACCAUGUGGGCUGCAGCCCGGGGUCUGGACGCUGCCGAAGGUGAGGUGUCGGGAGCCGACGGCAACGAUCCAGCUCAUGGACUCUGGAGGUUGCAACGAUGGAACCAUCUGCUUUGGGCUUUGUGUAACGCAAAGCCAAGGGCUGGGCCGACCACCUUCUGGUCUUCCAGAUCAGGGGGCUCAGGGAUGUCAUGAGCUCAGUCGCCCUCCACCUCUGGCUCUGCUUUCCCUGGGGUGGCCUCCUUCUCAGGUGCCUUCCCCACACAGGGGACCCCUUCACCAUUAGGCUCCCUUCUCCCUCCCCCCAGCUCAGCUGCAGAAGAAAACCUCUCCCCCCAAAGCUCCAUCCACCAUUCCAGAAUUGAGUCUUAUCAGCCUGCUUGGGUCGCACCCCAGCCCCUGGACCAAUCACAGUUGCUGGGGGAAUGGAGAACACUGAUUGGCCAACAGGGCCCUGUGUCCAGUCUGGACCAGUCACUGUGCUGGAUCAUGUGCUUGUCCCUGGAGCCAACUACUUGGUCUGAAAAGCACAAAGAGGGUGCCUCUAGGAAUAUCAGGGUCCCCCCAGGAGAAGGGGGAAAGGAUGCUGGGCAGGCAGAAAUGAUCCAUGUUCAGCAUGGCAUCUGAUCCCAUCUCGAUGCCCUGUGUUCCAAGAAGUGCACGGUGAGUAGUUAUAUCAGUUACAGGCUCGGCUUUCCGUGGGGAGCCGCCCACUCUGGACUUGAAAUCCAUUUUCCCAGUGCUUGCCUGGGAAGGCCCAGGGUUUCUGCUAAGUUCUAGGCAAUGAUGAGGCAGCUCCAACUGUCUUUAUUGUCUGUGGGAGUCCCUUUCUCUCCUGGGAGCUGUUUAAUGAUGACUCCUUGUGGUUGUAAGUCGUAGAGACCCACACAAAAGGGUAACUAUUCAUGGGUGUAUGUAACUGGCCAGUCCAAGAGAGCUUGCUUCAGGUAAAGCUGGAUCCAGGAUCUCAACAUGGCAUCAAGACUCCCUUGUGGGGUAGAGCCUGUGACUUUAUUGUGUCUGCCAUGGGGCAAAUUGACACCUGGAACCAGCUUCAAUAUUGAUAGACUUUCCCCCAGUUCCUGCAUCGGAGAGUCUUGGGUCUCCUUAGGACCUGAAGGCAUUUUUCCUUUCCUGGGCCUCCAAAAAGGCAACAGGCUGGAGGUCACCAGCUGGCAGCCUGCAGUCUGAUCUGGCCUGCCUUUAGUGUUUUUGUUUUUUGCUUAUAGAGGGAUUUAAAAAUUAGGGCAUUUCACACAGAAAUCAGGAUUUCUGGCUUCCCUUAGGCAUUUGGGAAUGUUGGCAAAAUGGGCCACUAUUGCUGCGUAAAGGCAACACAGCUGUGGCCUGGAGGGGGCCACUCCAGUCCCCACCUCUCUCUGUGGACCCACCUCACUCUUGUUAUCUGCUUGGGAGGGACCUCACUGAAAUGGCAGCCUGGAGGCAGCUUUGGGGCAAUCUGGGGCUGAGCGGGUCAGUGUCACUCUUAUCUCGCAGCCCUGGUUACAGAUGGGGGUCAUCUCUGGCUGACGCCCACAGUUGCUGGGCCUUGCGCAAGGGGUGGGUUUACGACCACAAGGAUAGUCGCCUCUGUGCAGGCUGGACGUGCUGGGGCGAGGAGCGCAAAGACUUCCUUCCGCCAACCUCAGCCCCUAACCUGGAGCAGAGGGGUGGAGCCUCGUCCACCUUCGGUUGGUUUUCUGGUUACUUCUCAGGUGUAGGAACAAAAUCCCAAACUCUGCAUCCCGCGCCAAGGCGUGUGUGCACAAGGGAGAGAGAGAGAGGUGGGACGAGACUGGAAACGUUCUCAAAACUGAUUGCUCCAUGGCACCAGGCAUUUAUCGCUGAGAGCAAUUUGUGAUAUUUUCAACUAUCUUGAGAUGAGUUUCCAGCUUGCCUCUAAAAACUAGGUGAUAUCCUAUAAGUACUGUGGGGUAAGCUGCCCCGGCGCCCCCUGCACGUUUAUUGUCUAGGACUAGCACCCAGGGAAGGAGGGAGAAGCCUUUCCUUGACAUGGAGUGAUAAGUGGCUUUUGACAACUGGAACCUGGAUCUACUGAUUCCAGAGAGAAGGGUCUGCGGUCGGCAGUCCAGCCUUAACAGCAGGGAUGAGGAGCCUCUGGCCCUCUCGGCUCUCCCCUUGAGAGCUCUCCCUCCCUCUCCCUCUGCAGAAAUCCAGCUCAAACUGGCUUGAGCAGCAGAGGGAAUUCCCUGGCUCCUGUAACUGGCAUGGCUGAGGGUGGGUCUUGCUCCAGGUAUGGCUGGAUCCAGGAGCCCAGAGUCCUCAGGCUCACAUGCUCAUCCUCUAACCUCACCCAGGCCUCUUGGCUCUGCAUCUGUUCUCACGCUGGCCUCAUCCUCUCCCUCACCUGGUGGGAAAGGUGGCUGCUAGCAACUCCUAGCCCACAACCACAGGGCUCACAAUCUCGAAGGCUGGGAGACACUCUUUCUAUCUCAAAUCCCACUGAAGGCUCUGAUUGAUCCUGUAGAAGUCGUGUGCUCACUCCUGUAGAUGUGCUGGCCAAGGGGCUGGGGGCCCUGUGAUUGACAUUCCCUCCAGAAGGAUGGGGGAGGGACAGUCGCCCAAGGAUAAGAGGAGCUGGGCUGCAAAAGCA